AUGACUGUUUUAUCUAAAAAUUCAUUACAUGAACUUGUCUUAAUUUGUGCUUGCGAAAGCGAGUUUAGUGGAAACGGGUACUUAAGCGGAUGGUUUGAUUCAGACACUUCCUAUAAGGACGAAUGCCAAGCUGAAGAACUGGGCAAAUACCUAUUUGAAAAGAAAAUUCAAUUUGAUAUUGCAUUUACUAGUUAUCUUAAGCGAGCUAUAAAAACAUGUCAUGCAAUAUUAGAACAAAUGAACUUACACUGGAUACCUGUCCAUAAAUCGUGGCGAUUGAACGCACAAAUGUAUGGCAUGCUAGAAGGUUGGGACAAAUCCAAGCUAUUUUAUCACCAUGGGACUGAACGGAUCAUGGCAUGGACAAGGAAGUUUGACACUGCUCCACCUCCGCUCACUCAAAAUAGCCGAGAUCAUCCUAUUUUCGAAAACAAAUAUGAGCUCUUUGCAAAAUCAAUUAUCCCUGAUACCGAAAGUCUUCGUGAUGUCCGCAAGCGAGUGCUGCCUUUUUGGUGUGAUGAAAUCGUUCCGGCAAUAAAGGAGGGUAAUCGUGUGCUGAUUGUCGCUCAUGAGAGCGUACUUCGAGCCCUAAUGAAAUACCUUGACGGAACUUCAGACAAUUUUGGCAAUAUUGACUUAACUCCGAGUAUCCCUUUGGUCUACGAAUUUAACGAGCAUAUGCGACCCACCCGGUUUUAUUAUUUGACGAAGAACGAACAAGAUAAGCAACCAUCUAACACACUUGGCCCCACGUAG